CAUCCCUCUGUGCACCCUCAUCAACCAACACCUGAGCACCCUGGCCAGGAAGUUCCCUCAGACCAAGUUCCUGAAGUCCAUCUCCACCACCUGCAUCCCCAACUACCCUGACCGAAACCUGCCCACCAUCUUCGUCUACUUCGAGGGGGAGAUGAAGGGCCAGUUCAUCGGUCCUCUGGUGUUUGGAGGCAUGAACCUCAGAGCUGAAGAGUUGGAGUGGAGGUUGUCAGAGACCGGAGCGGUGAAAACAGACCUGGAAGAAAACCCGAGGAAACAAAUCGAAGACAAGAUGAUGUCAUCGAUCAGAAGUUCUCUUCCUACACGACAGGACAGCGACCCUGAGGACGAUUGACACCAAACAGCCUGAGGCACGGCCUGGAAAUGUUCAGAAGACUGGCUGAGCGGGGACACAGAGGACAGGGUCCAUACUUCAGCCGUCUGUGCUGAGCUCAGUCCUGCUCAAAGGCACACAGGCAGGUCGCUGGAGUGGAACGGAUCAAACCCUGUGAAGCUGUUGAGCUGCUCAGCUUUCUGUUCAUUUCAGAGAAAAUGUGAGCCGUCACAUCAAAACAAGGAUCAAGUCUAAAAGUCGAGAAA